AUCGAUAAGCGUUUAUCGAUUUCAGCGUCUGCAGCUUGUUGAUUUUACAGUUUUGUUGUUUUCGUUUGCUCUGUGUCGUCAGCUGAUGUGUGAAAAUGGUUGAACAGAGUGCCAAAGAUUAUGCGAGAAUCAUACAAACUGCCGAUUUGGAUAGAGAAGUUAACCCACUGUGCAACAACAUCGAAGACAUGCUCGCCCGACUAGACGAGUUCGAAACUGUUUUGGCUUCGGUGCGAGCGGAAUCCAACAGCAUUAUGGCCAAUCAUGUGAGUAGCAUUCUUAACUUCAGCGAUAACUUUGGCGAGCUGCGCAAUCGCAUCGACAAAUUGGAACGAUUUGUGGCCAAAGUUAACGAGAAUCUCAACGAAGUCGAGAGCUCAGUUGAUGUUGCUGAGCGGGAGCUCAAUGUCACCGAAUACAGUCUAAAGGGUCUGCUGCUCAAACCACUAAAAGCCAAAUUAUCCGCUGCAGAUACGCUGGGAGCACAGCCAUCCAGUAAUCUGAUUGAUGGCGAAUUUCAAGCGGUUCCCAUCUAUAAGUCUGACGAAUACUUUGGCACAGCCGAUGCCAGCGUCAGCACAUCAUCUUCAUAAGUGAUUUAAAAACCAAUAUAUGUAUGUUUAUUACGUACUUUUAGUGUAAGUGUGCAAUUAGAAAAAAAUGCUCUUCUAACAAAUUCAUUUCGUACGUUAAAUUAGUUAUCCGAAGGAUAAGGUGGAUCCCACGGCUUGCGUGACGCUUUAGAAUAAACACUGCAAAUGAGGCACAAACCCAUUACUAACGCCUGUAACGAAAUAAAGUCUUCGUUAUUAAUUAUAAAAAUAAUCUAAUUUUGGAACUUACCAAGAGUUUCAUUUUUGCAAAUGAUUUUAGAAUUGAUUGGAACCCUUAUUGUGUGUCGCCUUUUAUAGGACUUUUGUAGAAAUGCGGAAAAUUAGCAUUUAAUUUAAAUUUAACACAUUACGUAUUUCCUGUAGUUAAUCGAAUUAUAUGAAUUAUAAAAUUCAUCAUUUCAUUUUUUCUAUAAGUCUGACAAUUUUUUUUUUGCACGGCUGAUGCCAAAGUCAGCACAUCUUCUUCAUAAGUGAUUACGAAAUUAAUAUAUGUUUAUUAUGCACUUUAAGUAUACAAAAUAAUAGCUCUUUUAUCAAAUUAGUUUCGUACUUUAAGUUAUGAAGCAACUUCACUUCACGUCCAGCGUCUAAAUUCGGGAUCGAUGCGGUGGAGGCCAGAAUAUAUCAUCGGGGUGGAUCGGCGGUGGAUCAUAUCUGCCUUGCGGUGCGGAAUAAACGCUGCAAAUGAGGCACAGACCCAUUACUAACGCC